AACUCGUAACCCUGUAAUAGAAUAAAAGCUCCGCUAAAUCAAAGCCGCCAUUUCCCCUUCCUUCCUUGUCUCUCAAGAGACGCAAAGUAAACUCACCCCACAACACCAAUCUUCAAAAAGGAAAAGAAAAAUGUCAGCCAAGUGGAGAGCAAUACAGAAUCGCCACCGUUACACGAACAACGCCGUCGUUUUCCCACCUUCCUUCAUAGAUUCCUUAAACCAGUCAUCCCUCUCAGCCUCAGCCCCAGCCUUCUACAAGGAGCUUCACCAUCUCAUCUCUUUGAACUCAACUUACUCCCAAGUUAACCAUGUCAGGAAGCUGGCUUCUUCUUUCAACGAACUGUUUGUAUCACAGGGUGAAAGAAAUGAGACCUUGAUUUCAAAGGCAACUGCUUUUUACUUGGAAGUCUCCUUUUUGGAAAAUUCAAUGCCUUUGCAUAAGACCCUUUUGUCAGUUUUGGCUAAAACCAAGGAUGUUUGGCAGCCCGUUAUCGGGGAGUGUUUCAGGUCGCUUUGUAAUGAGUAUGGUGCAAUGAGUAGUAAGAAGAAGCGUUUCUCUUUGUCACGUGUGGUUUUAUCAGUAAUGGGGAUGCCGAAGCUGGGGUACUUAGUUGAUGUGAUUCGAGACUGUGCCGUUUUGGUUUGUUGGGAUGCUGUUUUGGGGUUGAAAAGUGUGGUUUGUGAGACUCAAGGGUGGGGUAGACCUUCUCCUAUAGUGCUGGAGCAGUGUCAGGAGGCUCUAUCUUGCAUGUAUUACUUGUUUCAGAAGUUCCCAGAGAAGUUUAGCAAAUUGGGUGGUGACGAUUCUAAUGUAAUGGAGAUGGCUUUAGGGGUUCUGGUAAGUCUAUUGAAGUCGGCUGCAUUUUCAAGGGACUGCUUCGUGGCGGCUGGUGUGGGAUUGUUUGCUGCUUUGCAAGUUUGCCUUUGUGAGAAAGAGCUUGGUUUGUUUAUCAUUGAAGGUAUAUUUGAUCAAAUUGUUAUUAAUUCUUGCACUAACAAUGAAGAUUCGUUUGACAAUGUUAUUAGCAAAGUUCCAUAUAAAGGAGAUGUUUGUCUUGACAUACGUAAUCUCUCUGGUUUGAAUAGACUUAGCUUGAUUAGAGGCAUUCUUACUGCUGUUCCGAGGAUGGUUCUAAAUAUGCAUUUCCUUGUAUCAAGGGAUACUUGUAGUGAUUCUGAGUCCCUUGGAAAUGUUGCUAGUUCUGUGAAGACUAUAUUGUAUGAUGGGAUUUUGCCUGAGCUCUGUAAUUACUGUGAGAACCCCACUGAUAGCCAUUUUAAUUUUCAUGCAUUAACUGUAAUGCAAAUUUGUUUGCAACAGAUUAAGACUUCUAUGCUGGCAAACCUAAUGAUUGCAUCUGAAGAGUACAACCCAUUGCCGGAGGAUAUGGAAACCCGAAUGCUGAGAAUAAUAUGGAAUAACUUGGAAGAUCCUCUAAGUCAGACGGUCAAGCAAGUUCAUCUUAUUUUUGAUCUUUUCUUAGACAUUCAAUCCUCUCUUUGUGGGGCAGACGGUAGUGAGAAAAUAAAGUCAUUCCUACAAAAGAUUGCUUUAGAUCUUCUUCGUUUGGGGUCACGUUGUAAGGGGAGAUAUGUUCCUUUAGCUUUGUUGACCAAGAGGUUUGGAGCAAAGACUAUUCUGGAUAUGGGUCCUAACUUGCUGUUUGAAGUAGUGCAGGCAUACAGUGAUGAUGAUGUAUGCUGUGCUGCCACAUCAUUCUUGAAGUGUUUCCUUGUAUUACGGGAUGAGUGUUGGAAUUGUUAUGGUAUUGAAAGAGGGUAUGCACUUUAUAGAGAGCAUUGUUUGCCCCCAUUUUUGCAUGGUCUUGCAUCUGGGAUUUCAAAGCUUCGUUCAAAUUUGAACACAUAUGCUCUCCCGGCUUUACUAGAAGUGGAUGUUGAUGGAAUUUUUCCUCUACUUGCCUGUAUCUCCAUUGGGCAAACUGAGGUGGAAAAUGACCUCUUAUAUCCUGAUCUUGGUUUUAAAAAUAUGGAACUAAGUGUAGAACAGAAAGUGGCUGUUUUAGUAUCUUUGCUUAAGGUUUCUCGUUCACUUGCUAUGAUUGAAGGGGAUAUAGAUUUUUGUGAUGACUAUGUGACAUCUGAUAUGGAAGGUAAUCCCUUUGCACUUGUCUGCAUAAAGGGGAUAAAAGUUAAGAUCCUUGUUGGGUGGCUUGUUCUAGCAUUGACACACAUUGAUGAGUCACUUCGUGUGGAUGCUGCUGAGUUUCUUUUCUUGAGUCCCAAGACAUCUAGUCUUCCUUCCUCUUUGGAACUCUCUCUAAUGAAAAAAGCUGUGCCAUUGAAUAUGAGGUCCUCUUCAACUGGUUUUCAGAUGAAAUGGACAAGCUUGUUUAGGAAGUUCUUUUCUCGUGUGCGUACAGCCUUGGAGAGGCAAUUUAAGCAAGGAGGCUGGAAGCCUCGUUUGAACAAUGAAAACGGUGAGUUGUGUCUAUGUAAUGGAACUGAGGAAAAUGUAGUUAGAAGAGCUGAGGAGCUAUUUAAUUUUAUGAGGUGGUUGAGUUGUUUUCUUUUCUUCUCUUGUUAUCCUUCUGCUCCUUAUAAGAGAAUAAUGGCAAUGGAGCUUAUACUGAUAAUGAUAAAUGUUUGGCCUAUAAUGCCUUCUUCUCAAGAAAGCUCAGCUUCUGUUUCUCCCGAGAGCUGUCUUUAUCCUUACAAUGUAGGGAUUACUUCACCUGACUCGACGUUCCUGUUAGUUGGAUCCAUAAUUGAUAGUUGGGACAGACUGCGAGAGAGUUCUUUCCGCAUUUUGCUACGUUUUCCCACUCCGCUUCCUGGCAUUUCAAGUGGUGACAUGGUCCAGAAAGUAAUUGCAUGGGCUGAGAAAUUAGUUUGCAGUCCUCGUGUGAGAGAGAGUGAUGCAGGUGCUCUAACCUUAAGGCUCAUAUUUAGAAAGUAUGUGGUGGACCUCGGGUGGCGAGUCAGAGCGUCUGUUUGUGCUGUUUGUUCUCACUCACAGUAUUCACCAUUAAGUGGGGAUUAUCAGAAAUGUACAUCCGUUCAUCCUGUGAUGGAAUAUGUUAAAUCACUUGUUCAUUGGUUGGAUGUUUCUGUGGAGGAAGGGGAGAAGGAUCUGGCUGAAGCAUGCAAGAAUAGUUUUGUUCAUGGUGUGUUACUUACUCUACGGUAUACUUUCGAGGAAUUGGAUUGGAAUUCAGAUGCAGUCUUGUGUAGUAUUUCAGAUACGAGACGGGCUCUGGAGAAGCUCUUAGAGCUGGUUGUGCGAAUAACUUCAAUGGCCCUAUGGGUUGUUUCUGCAGAUGCUUGGUACUUGCCUGAGGAUAUUGAUGAUAUAGUUGACGUUGAUGCUUUCUUACUGGACGGUUCUGAUGAAAAUGAUGCUCAAUUACCUUCAAUCGAACGUGAAGACAAAAGCCCAAAAUCUAUUCAGGAUGCACGACCGUCAGAUCAGGUUGUUAUGGUUGGUUGCUGGCUAGCCAUGAAAGAGCUAAGUCUUCUUUUGGGGACCAUUAUUCGGAAAAUACCUUUGCCAAGUUACAGCUGUUCUGGUUCAUUAGAAUCUGGACACCCCGGCUAUGAUUCUUCUGAUGCGUCAGUGACAACAAUAUCUGAAGUAAUGCUUGAUCUAAAACAAUUAGAGAAAAUCGGGAACCAUUUCUUGGAAGCUUUGAAGAUGAAACAUAAUGGUGCAAUUGAUAAGACAAUAAGCAGGUGCAAUUGAUAAGACAAGAGCAGGGUUUACCCUUGCAAUCGUCUUCUCUGUUCAAAUGACCCAAUGCUUUGUAAGCUGACAGAAUCGUGGAUGGAGCAGCUUAUGGAUAGAACAGUAGCAAAAGGACAAACUGUUGAUGAUUUGCUACGAAGAAGUGCGGGUAUACCUGCAGCAUUCAUUGCUCUUUUCCUCGCAGAACCAGAAGGUGCUCCAAAGAAGCUCCUCCUGCGAGCACUUAGGUGGCUUAUAGAUGUAGCAAAGGGGUCUUUGUUGGGUCAACCUGAAACCGAUUCCACAAAUAUCUCAUGCCAGAGUUCCUCAAUGAAGUCUGGCCAAGAGACCAUUUCAGCAUUGGUAACUGAGACGAUUGCAACUGAAAAAACCUCGAAGAUCAGAGAUGAAGGUGUUGUUCCAACAGUGCAUGCCUUUAAUGCCCUUAGAGCUGCUUUCAAUGACACUAACCUUGCUUCUGACACUUCUGGUUUUGCGGCUGAGGCUUUGAUUGUUUCGAUUCGCUCUUUCUCUUCACCGUACUGGGAGGUUCGAAACAGUGCUUGUCUUGCAUACACUUCCUUGGUACGUCGGAUGAUUGGAUUCCUUAAUGAUAAACGAGAAUCUGCUCGACGUGCGUUAACUGGGCUUGAAUUUUUCAGAAGGUAUCCUUUGCUGCAUCCAUUCGUGUUCAACGAACUGAAAAUUGCAACUGAAUUGCUUGGUGAUGCAUUGUCGGGACAAUCUGAAUCUAACCUGGCAAAGGUUGUGCAUCCAAGUUUGUGCCCUAUGCUUAUUCUUUUAUCCAGGCUCAAGCCUUCAACAAUUGCGAGUGAGACGGGGGAUGAUCUGGAUCCUUUCCUCUUCAUGCCUUUCAUCAUGAGGUGCUCAACCCAAAGCAAUCUGCGAGUUCGUAUUCUUGCAUCACGAGCUUUGACAGGACUUGUAUCUAAUGAGAAAUUGUCAACCGUUCUCCUUAAUAUUGCUUUGGAGUUGCCUCAUUCUGAGAACAAAACGACAACAACUGCAGCAUCAAUUUCAUUAUAUCCUGCCGACGGAGCUCACGGUGUUUCCUUCAAUUUGAUUCAUGGACUUCUAUUGCAAUUAGGCUCUCUUGUCAAUAUAAAUUGUAGAAAUCUUGCUGAUUUCUCAAGGAAAGAUCAGAUUCUUGGUGACUUGAUGGAAGCUCUUGCAAAGUGUUGUUGGGUUGCCACCCCCAAAAGAUGCCCUUGCCCCAUCCUCAACUGCGCUUUCUUGCAAGUGCUGGAUUACAUGCUUAGUGUUGCAAGAUCGUGUCAUAUGAGCGAAAAUUUGUUUGCCAUCCGAAACCUACUUUUGGAAUUAUCUACAGAAUGCUUAGAUGUUGAAGCUUCUUACGGGCUUCCAUAUUAUGAUCCAACAAUAGCUGAACUUCGUCAACAUGCGGCUUCAUCUUAUUUUAGUUGUUUAUUUCAACCAUCUGAUGAGGUUGACGAAGUAGUUUUCCAGAUUCCACAAAGAUCUCCAUCGAAUUCAAUGUCAUUUCAAAUCCAUGAAGUAGAGAAUUAUGGAUUCCUGGAAAGGUUGAUUCGUUCUUUCUCAGAUUCAUCAUAUGAAGUUCGACGAAUAACUUUGAAGUGGCUGCAUAAGUUCCUGAAAUCUCGACCUGAAAUUGAGCUAAACAAUCUGUCGAGCAGUGAGACCAGAAUUAUACAGAGCUGGACAAAAGCUAACCUUCAGCCUAUACUGAUAAAGCUUUUGGAACAGGAGAAGAAUCAUCGAUGCACAUACCAAAUUCUGAGGAUUAUUUUCACUUGGAACUUGCUGAAGUUUCAUGAAUUAAGUGAAGAAAAUAGUGACGGAACCCUAUACGUUGGUGCGAUGGAUUGCAAUUCCGUAUUUUGGUUUUGGGAUAAGCUGAUAACUUUGUACAAGCACACCCGACAUGCUAAAACACAAGAAAUACUUGUCUGCUGUCUGGCAAUAUGCGCAAAGCAGUUAAUUAGGUUAUUUGGUGGUUUUAUUCGUAACGAUAAGGGGCUGAAAGCUGCUGAAUAUAAUGAAUCUGGUGAUAUAGAAGGAUCAGCUUGCUUCUAUGAAUGCAUUACCUUUUAUGUCAAUCUAAUUAAGCAGCAUAGUGCUUCAUCUGAGCCGGUGAACAUGCGCCGGGCAGCAGCAGAAUCUGUGUUUGCAUCUGGCUUAUUGGAACAAGCUGAGGUAAUUGUUUCUUUUGUGAUCAGCCAGCAAAUCUCUUCAAAAGGUUCGGUCUCAUGUUUAGAACAGCAAGGUGCUGUAAAUAUCUAUGCACAUCAGAUACUGGAGAUGUGGUUCACAUGUAUCAAACUGCUCGAGGAUGAAGAUGAUGGAAUUAGACAAAGUGUUGCUUCUGACAUCCAGAAGUGUCUUUCCUCCAAAAGUUCCGGAACUAUGUCCGACACUUGUGGGGCUCCUACGCAGGUGGAAAUGGUAAUUGAACUGAGUUUCAAACAUCUUUCUUCCAUCUUCGGCCACUGGAUGUUAUACUUCGAUUGUCUUCUGCAGUGGAUGCUAGAUGCUGGAAACUACGUAAUAUCCAAAGGUGAUCUCGUGAGACAGGUUUUCGACAAGGAAAUUGAUAACCACCAUGAAGAGAAGCUGUUGAUUAGUCAAAUAUGUUGUUCCCACUUGGAGAAGCUUCCAAUCACAAAAUUGUGGAUUGGUGAAUUGCUCGAUAAAGAAGAGGCCAUGAACUAUCUACUUGAUUGGAGAACGAGAUUUUUCCACCAGUUGGAAUCAUUCGCCAAGGACCAUAUCGGAAAACUCGGAGUUGACUGGAUCGGUGGUGUAGGUAACCAUAAGGAUGCAUUUUUACCCUUGUAUGCAAAUUUGCUCGGGAUUUAUGUUCUCUCAAACUUCAUUUUGAACCUGGAGGCCAAAGAUGGUAUGCAACUGGUAUCAGAUGUUGCUGAAUUGGGAAAAGGUAUCAGUCCAUUUCUUCGGAAUCCGUUGAUCUCUAACCUGUAUUUGUUAAUAGUUCGAUUACAUGAGAACAAGCUCAGUGCAACUACCAACUGUGUUAACACCAGGAUCGGAGACGACAUCUGGGACAAUUUUGAUCCAAACUUUCUUCUUGUUUAGUAGUGAUGGAACAAGGUCUUAAGAACGUUUUGGGGAAGAUAAAAAAAAUCCCCCCCACCCCGCCGAUUAUGUUAUACUAACCUUAUUGCCUCUCUGAAUAUGAUAUGUCUUGUUUGGUGUGAUCGACCAUUUUAAGGUUAACUGUAUGGAUAUUUUUCGACACAGGUUGGUUUACUGGUUUGUCUUUCAAA